AUGCGCGUGGAAGUUAGCCUUGCUCCAAGAAUACAAAGGCCUCCAGGUCUGGGUGUCCGGCAUUGCCAGGCCAUUCUGACGUUCUUCUGCCAGGUCUUGAUGUUCUCCAUGCGAGUUAACCUCUCCGUGGCCAUCGUGGCCAUGACGGAUCCUUCAUCAUCCAGGCUUGGACUCGAGGUGUUACCUUGGGACAAUUCCCAGAAAGGGAUCAUCCUCAGUUCGGUCUUCUGGGGGUACAUCUUACUCCAGAUCCCUGCUGGUCAUCUUGCACGGCGUGUGGGCCCCAAGUACGUCCUACUCGGGGCCAUGACCGUCUGCUCUGUCUUUACCCUGCUCGGACCUUACAUCGCCCAGAACUUUAACUGGAUCACCUUCUGCUUCAGUCGUGUCGUUCAAGGCCUGGCUCAGGGAUUCCUCAUGCCAAGUAUCAACGUCCAUAUGUCAAAAUGGGCCCCAGAAACUGAAAGGAACAGGAUCUUCUCUUUCGUGUUUGUGGGUUCCGUGGUUGGGACUAUGGUAACUCUGUCAGUGGCUGGGUACUUGGCAGCCAGUCCCUGGGGUUGGCCCAGUAUAUUCUACGUCACAGGGAUCUCUGGAUUGUUGUGGUGCCUUAGCUGGUUGCUGAUAGGUGCUGAUACUCCCGAUUCCCACCCUACUAUAAGCGACAGUGAGAGGGACUUCAUCAAGUCUACCCUAACCUUCACUUCGGACCAAAGUAACAAAAUGUCAACGCCAUGGAAGAGUAUCCUUACUUCGACGCCGGUGUGGGCCCUGGUGACGAUGCAUCUUUGUCACAAUUGGGGCUACUGGACUUUAGCCACCAUGUUGCCGAUAUAUUUCCAUCAUGUACUCGGAUUUGAUAUUAAGAGUAAUGGGCUGAUAUCCUCUUUGCCGUACAUGAUCAAGUUUUUCCUGACGUUAAUCUUCUCCUGGACAGCUGACUACAUCAGUCAAAAACGCCUUCUUCCGCUCAACACCAAUAGAAAAAUGUGGAAUUCGAUUGCAUACUGGGGUGGCGCGGCAGGAUUGGCAGGUUUACCUUUGGUCUUCAGCGCCCCUGCGGCUUCUGCCCUCCUGACUCUCUCCGUGUCCUUGGGCGCAGGCAUGUUCUCUGGUUUCAUGACCAACCACCUGGACCUCUCCCCUAACUUCGCCGGUCUGCUCAUGGGCAUCACAAACGGUCUGGCUGCUCUAUCCUCUCUGCUGGCGCCUAUGACUGCUGGUUUUAUCGUCACUGAUGAGAGAAGUCGUGACCAAUGGAUGAUUGUGUUCUACAUAUCAUCAGUCAUCUUCUUCAUCGGCAACUCAGUGUUCGUGUUGUUUGGAUCAACAGAGCUUUCAUCGUACAAUUCUCACUGCUGGCGAGUUUCUUCUGGCUUAACACGAUGUGCUUCGACAUUUGGUGGGUUUUCAGAAAAGGAAGGGGAGCUGUUGUACUUGUACCUGCCUGUCGGUGUACUGGUGUACCUCAACAUGGCAAUGUUCAUUGGCACUUCGCUUCGCUUCAAGUCACACUUGAAGUCCACCAAGAAACUUCAGAGAGGUGACAGUAGACGACAUUGCUCAGCUGGUAACAUACUGACUACAGAGGCCCAGAGAUUCAGCUUGUACCUGAAGUUAUCCGUGGUGAUGGGGGUGACCUGGGUGUUGCAGCUCGUGUCGUUCUACUUGUACAGCGCCACCUUCAUCUCGAUAAUCAUAGACGUCGCCAACGCCCUGCAAGGGGUCGCCAUCUUCUACUUGUUCGUCUGCAAACGUAGCACCCUACAUCAGCUCAAACAGCGGCUCUGCAGCAGCCUACAGCUCGUCACAUCCGACAGUGCCAUCAAGACUAUCUCCACAUCGGGAUCCGGCUCUCGCAGACUCAACAGUGUCCAGUCCCGGGUGAGCUGCACCUCUGACCACAGUACUGACUUCAGUGGAGUCACUCUUCAGUUAACAUAGAACCUUCUCCACUGUGUAAGUUGCUCUGCUGAGAAGACAAUCAGAAGUCAGAGCUACUCCUCUUGGAAUCUGUUCAAAAGGUGCAGGUGAAAUGGUUGUGAACUUGAGAUGUUUUCAUAGAAAAUGUCAUGUCUGAAAACCAAUAAGUUAUCCAAAUUGUUAAUGUUUUGUGGCAAUACAAAGAACUCCAAACCACCUGGUUAUGAAAUUAUAACAGGAUUUGCAGACAUUUGCCAUUGUGUGUUUAAUAAAACGCAGUGGUGGAGAUACUUCUGAUGAGGCUGGUAUAAAAUUUAUCCAGCCCAUUAUUGACUCAGUCGAUGAAAGAGAAAAAGUAAUUACAAUUCUUUUAGAUAUUACCGGAGCAUUUGAUAGUGUCUGCCGUGUAAAGUUAAUAAGGAAAUUAAACAGCUUAGGUAUUUAUGUAAAGGAGCAAACAUGGUUUUAUUCCUAUUUAACAAACAGAAAAAAUAUGUAGAAAUAGAAGAAACAAUUUAUCACAAUAAAAGUCAGUAUAUGAGGGCUCAUAGAUCACAGUUGCAGACACUGUGACAUGUCUAUCCAGGUGACUAUCCUGGGACCUCUAUUGUUUUUAUGUUAUAUAGGAGGUUUGCCAGGGGUGAUGAAGGGAUUGGAUGGAUUGGAUGCUGCUGAUGAAUCAAAUGUUUUGUUUUCUGGUCAGAAGCUUGAGAAUAUUGAAAUUUCAUCAUAUAUUGUUCUAAGUAGGAUUAAGGAUCUUUGACAAAAAUAACCCUUUAUUAAAUUCAGAAAAAUAUAAUUAUAUUUAUGUUUUAUAUGUUAUUGUGACUAUUGGUCACACAAAAAAACAAUCUUUGAGAGUUUUGAAACAUUUAAAAUAUGCAGAUUCUGUUAAAUAUUUUUUUCUGAACUUAUAUGAUUUACACAUAUUUCAAUCACUAAUUUAUGUAAUUUUUGAUACUAUACUAAAAACUAAUAAACAUAGUAUAAUACUCAUAUACAUUCUUUUAAUAAACAUAUCGAUCAACACAAUCUUGAAUUUUACAAAAAGAAAACAGAGAGAGUGUGAGA